GGGGCAGGAGUCCAUCCUCGCUACAUCAUCGAGAGGCGAACCACAUCCCGACUGCUUCCGCAAGCAAAAGAAAUCUUGCCGGGAGCCAUAAGGUUCCAGGACAGUAUCGAGGACCCCGGUCGACACAGCCUAGGUGGCGUUCGCGGAUGCGCGUGUCACGGUGACGAAGGACUCCGUGACGUGGCGUCGCGGAUUGGCCUGCCAGCGGCGAGCGUUCUGGGAACCAUGGUGGAGUCCAGGACACUGCUGUGGUCGCUGGUGGUCUCGGCCUGCUGCCUGGCAGCGUCGGCGGGUCCACCGGGAGUCACGACCACUGACUCGUCGCUGCUGCCGUCGUCGAUGGUGGCCGAUUCGACACUCACGCGCGAGGAGCGCGGUAACGUCUUCGUCCACCCGUACUACCGGACAAGCCCCGAACCCAACAGCACCGACGAGCAGCAGACCUCACACGGAGCGGGCUCCGGCGUUGCGGACCCGCGCCCUCUUCCUCCCCGGUCCCCGCCACCACGUCGGCACCGAACAAGGUUCGGACUACGGCGUCCCUCCCUGGCCAAAGGACUGUACCCGCCUUUCCAAGUAUACUCUGUCAAUGCCGGCCACAGCGCGCCCCAAGAAGAACCAUCUGGUCUUGACCCCAAGACUGCAAACCAAGACAAGGACCAGUACAGCAAGUCCGAAAAAGGCAUUCACGGUUCGAGGAUUCCCGAGAGCAAGGACAUCGUCUCCCCACCACAGCCAGAACCGCGAGUGAACGGAACGCUAGUGGAGGCGGCAAACGGCACGGCCGCCGAGGACACCAGCGGCGUAACCACCAUGGUGCUAUCGGAGACGACGAUAUGGACGCUCGCGCUGUGCGCAACCAUGAUCAUCGCCGCCGUCGCCUUCUUCGCAGUCGUUCUCGCCGUCUGCCGCUGCCGACAACAACGCGAACGUCGCAAGCGAUACCUCAACACGCACAAGAACAUCCGGGUAAUGCAGAACAUGGUCAAGAUCGCGAAGCGCCGGGAGAAACAGGCCACCGUGAACCAGGGGCCCUUCAGCAGGAUAUCCAUAUCGUGAUUAACUACCAGAAACCAAACAUGGUUCAAUAACCACAAGGGCAAAUGAGCCUGGGAAUGUAGCAGCAUUUGUCCGUUGUCUUUCUCCACGACUCUGACAGGUCCGGUUUGGCAACAAGUGCCCCGGGAAGUUGCAGAGCGCAUGCAUGUAUGCAUGCUGUUCUGGCUUUUUUCUUUCACAACCGUGACGUGUUCGCUGUCUGAAACCGCCACCCGUGGCAACAUCGCAAGCGGUUAUAAACACGCGCAAGAACAAUUCGGUCAUGUGUAACAAGGCCCACAUCGCAAAGCAACGCGAGUUGGAUACUACGAGGCACAAGCAGGCUUGGUGUGAAAACGCCUGGAACCAAUAUGAAUUCAAUCUCCAAGAGAAGUGAGCCACUAUUAGUAACAGCCUUUGUUUGAUGUGCUUGUCGAAGACCACGAUAACCAAGAGGGGCAUGAAAAUCCUAUGGAAGUCACAGUGCAUCCAAGUGCAUUUGGCUUCGUUUUACAAUCUUAAGUGUUUUUUACAAUUCAAGCAUGUUGCCAUUUUACUCGUGCUUCUAGUCUGCCAUGCUCCUCUGCUGUGCAAGGUGUCCACGACGGUGCGACUGAAACAGAUCUCAUGGCAUGUUUACAAAGCCAGUUACUGUUAACUACAGUGGUGCCAUAAAUGGUCAAUACUACAGGGUAUUACAAACUAUUCUGGUGCAAUGCCAUUGCCGCUGACACAUAAGCAAGUUGCAACAUUUACAUAUAUCUGUGUGUAUUCAUUUGACAGAAGGUGUGCUUUCAUUGUUUCCUAAUUUUCUGACUAUUAUGUAUUAUUAUUACUUAUUAAUAUGAUUAUGUAGCGUGUUAACAUCUGCUGCUACAGCUGCUGUGACUGUUAUGUGUGUAUUUACCUACUGUAACUUUAAAUCACAGGACAUUCACAAUAUGCCACAGAUCUCAUGGUAUCACAAACCCAUUUUGCUCAUGUUCCAAGAAAUUAAGUACCAAAAAUGGUGAUAGUCUCCAAAGCACCAUGAACAUGCUUUUUUAGGUGUAAGCACUUGUUGGCUUACAACUGUACCACUGUUCCAUACUCUUAUUCAGUCAGGAUCCUAAGCGUAUGAAUUUUUAAAAUGUUACUAGAAUGGAGUACUUAGCUCAGCAGUAAGAGUACCAUUUCAUACAGGUAUUUUCCCAACACUGAAAGCUUAAAACAAUUUCAUAUCUCGACCAGCAACCAAGUGAUAGUGUUUAUUACUACCAAUAAUAGCCAGCCAUAUUAUUGAGUGCCAUAUUGUGCAUAAAGUAAGCGUGCCACCUGUAGUAAGAGAGCUUGCAACUUACCUGUACAGGUCAUAUGUGAAGCAGUCCUUGAAAGGAAGGCUCUUGGCAAGAGGAUGCGUCUGUGGCGGAAUAAAAGUUUUCCCUAAGGCUUGUCUCCAAUACGGUUCUUCAAAGUGUUCUUUAUUAAAACAAUUUUU